AUGAGAGCCACUCAUGUUCAACAAGCUCUGGCGUACGGACACUCGUCGUGCGUGGAGGAGCUGGAUGUGGCUGAACGGUGCCGUCCGGACGGCACCGUGCGGGACCUGGACGGACUGGGUAGAGGACUUGAAGAAGCGUUUUGGCCGAUAUGGCAAUGUUAUGGAGAUCGAUAUUCUAGGGAUAAAUAUACAUUGGAACCUCGAAGGUUUGCAUAUAUAUCUUAUGCUGACUCAACUGAAGCUGCCUGUGCUAGAGCUGCGAUGGAUGAACAGAUGUUCCAAAGUCGGACUAUCACUGUUGCCUUCAAAGAAGAGGACGGAAAUAAGUCAAAUGAAAAGAGAUUCAUGGAACUAAGAGGAAGGUAGUGUUUCGUAUAUUAAAUAAAGUGGUUGUAGACGUAAUUAGACUUUUCUGUUUAUGCAGUAGAAAUAUAAUGUUCGUUUUAUUUCACCUGUUUGUUUAGUUGAUUCUUAGUUGAUUCUUUAUUGCAGAGGCGAAUAAAUAAAUAAUAUGAAUAAUAUGUUCUCCUAUGAGUCGGUGUCCGAUCAUAUGCACUGCCUCUGCAAUAAAGAAUCAACCAA